CUCCUUAUCCUACCUUUUCCCUUCUCCAUAUUCGUCGAGCCGCAUUGGCAAAGAUCAACUGUCUGCAGCAUUCAUUCACCUGGCAAAAAAAUAAAAAUAAAAAACCAUAUACAUAUACCAUUGGUGUACCAUGGUAACUCGUUAAUGUGAUUAUGUAUUUAUAGUGUCUUGUUGAGCUUUUUUAGCCCUACAGCAGCCACGUCGCGCUGGUUCAUGCCGACUUUCCCCUGCGAUUGACCGCUGCCCCUCCGCCCUCACAUUCGCAAACCCGCCCGAUCGCGUUUCCAACACCACAACCAUGGACCAGGCAGACAUACCGGCAUUGCUGUCGCGGUUAGCUAGCGACGAAGAUGCCGCGCGGAAAAUGGCAGUUUUUAAACUGCAGUCCUCUAUAAAUGACCCCUCCUUCGCCGAUGUAUUCAUCUCCUCUGGCGGUUUAAUUAUACUACGGCGUCUUAUCAUGAGUACCGGCGGCAAUACCCUCGCAUAUUCGCUACAAAGUCUCAGUCGAUUGCUCGAGGUGGACAUGGGAUGGGAUAUCUUCGAGGGCCCGACUGCAGGUGAUUUAGUUGAGCGCGUUGUCGAACUCAUCGUCACAAAUCCUUUGGUCAACAUUCUUCGAGGUGCUAUGUCCAUUCUCGUCGCACUUGUCAGCCAUUCGCAGUCUACCUCGUCAGGAGGACGGGUGCCUGUAUCGUUCGGCUUUCGCGCAUUAAAGCCAGCUGUCGCCGUGUAUCCACAGUUCUUCGACCUCGUCAUCCAGCAAUUAAACUCGGCGGACCACGCCCUCUGCGCCAACGCACUUAUGUUGAUCAACGCUCUCAUAAGGGAUGCUGUCUCAGGCGAGUCUAAUCUCGACAGUGGUAAGACAGCUGGUACUGGGGAAGAGUGGCCUAAGUUUAUAAGGAGAUUGCAAGAUCUGGGUCUAAUCAAGGCGGUAUACAACCUGAUGCAGAGUUCGGCACUGCAAGAUCUUGCACACCCGCUGUUGGAGUUUCAGUCUCUUACUAAGGUGCUGCUUCAAAAGUGGCGGCAAGUUCAGGUUGACGUUGAAAGACCCGAACACAGGAGAGCGUUAAAAGGGCUUCAUCUUGCCAGCGCGCCAAAUAGAGACCACGUGAACGGUGUAGGGAAAGUUGAAGAGCUUCAGGAGUCCGGAAAGAAGGGUAGCAGAAGACACAAUCCCGAGAAGUGGAGGAGGCUUGGCUUCGAGACUGAGGGCCCGGCGGCAGAGUUUAAUAAUACGGGGUUCCUUGGGCUUAUGGAUCUUGCGGACUACGUGCGAAAGAACGAAGAUGGGUUUCAGAAGUUACUUCUGGAGCAAUCCACCAAGCCGCUCCACGAACGUUGUCCUAUCGCCAGGUCCAGCUUAGCGGUUACGCUUAUUUUGUACGAACAUUUUGGUUGUGAUAAAUCAGAAAUGGAAGAUCUAAGAGGAUAUCAAUUAUCAGACGGAACACACCAAGACAAACUCUUCCGACCGUUGCUUCUCCAAUGGUCUAGAUUACAUACAGCUGGUUUAAAUGCAUUCUUCAAGCUAUGGAAAUCUACGGGCGCAGAACAGGAGGAUUUUGAUAAGGUGGCAGAAUUGGUUCGUAUACUUGUCGACCAGGUUGUAGGACAGGCUGGCCGAUCGAAGGACGUCUUAGAGGUCGAGGAUGAUCUAGUUGAAUACGACUUAGGGCGGCUGCGCGAGCUCCAAAUGGAGCUCCUAGAACUCUCGUUCGACGACCAAUGGGGCCAGCACCUUUACAAAGUGCGGGAAGGCUUAAACCAGGAGGCCCUCACAUUUAUCAAGGAACAACGUGUCCGAUGUCUCUUACAAGGUUGCUGGUUUUCGAAGCCAUCAACGCGAAAAGAUGACCAAGGGAAUAACGCACCUAACCGUCGUGCAGCUAAUGGUACACUUUGGAGGUACGCUAAAUUGUCGCACAACCGCCGCUAUCUGCACUGGGCCGAUUUUGCGUUCCGAACCGGGCCGGAGCCGAAUCUGGAUGCGCUUAGUGAGAAGGUAGAUCUACGAGAAGUUAGCUCUGUCGCGUCUAACGUAUCUGUUCCGUCUGGUGACGCGGGCGGCGAGACGAGCAACAGCACAAAGAUUACAAUCUUUGGCUAUCUUAAUGUUGACGAGGCUAAUAAAGCUAAAGACCUGAGCGACAUAAAAGAGGAGCCAUUGCUCACUCUACAUCCUUUGAACCAUAGCCUAGCAUCGGAGUGGCUCGACGGCUUGCUAAUGCUGCUAGGCCAAACACCGAUAACAGCAGAGACUAAUAAGCUCAUCAAGCUGGUACAAGACUAUGGCAUGAAGAUCAGACUGUUGAAUGUCCGGAUGGAAGCCACUUACAUGGGCCCACCAGAGGGUGCUGGUGUGGUGCCGAGUAGAGAGGAACUAAAUGACGAUUAUUGGUACGAAAUUUAAUAUGGUUUCCUCUACGAAUAUGUAGAGGCAUCGGGCAGCAUCGAUUUUGGGUCGCAUACUUACUAUUAGUACAAGUCUGCGAUCCAGACUCCUAGAGUGCAGAAGGGGUGGUACUAUUACACUGGUUUCAACGUUAAUCGACAUACAGACUCGCCCGCAGGGGAUGAAGCUUUUACGGCGGAUCGUUUUUGUCCGAGGAUACCACGUUUUGUUUUUGUACUUUUAGAGGAUAUACCCACGACUGAAUUAAGAAUCGAUAUUGUUAAUAAUCGACUUAUAAUUAGCUGUAUUCUAGGACUUCUUAACACAGGAUAAGCCUGACUUAAGGCAGCUAUAAGUUUAUAUAUGAAAUUCCUAGAUUUCUAAA